AGGCUGGCCCCGCGCUGUCAGCCGCAGUUAUGCGCGUUGGUUUUAGUCCCUGCGGACGCAGCUUACUCUGACAAACACUGACUAAUAGACGGCCUGCAGCGCGACGCGGAGACAGGGAGCCUUUUCUCCAAAGAGGUCAAAAACACCAGCCUGAAUAGGUUUUCUCCAUGCCCAAGAGAGGAAAUUAAGCCAGAACAUCAGUAGUCUUAGGGAGCCCAUGGACACUGCCAAGAGCUCUUAAAAGGACGUUAUUUUUAAGAAUCUCCCUGGAUAUUGAUUCUCUUGAUUAAUAAUAAGAAAAGGCGCUUCGGGGAACCUCCAGAGAGAAAGAGAGAGUGAGAGAUGGAUGUAGCGGCUGAUCAGCCCCGCUGGAUGCAUCCCCACGCAGCCAUGCUGAACGGACAACACCCGGACUCUCACCACCCCGGCCUGGGUCACAGCUACAUGGAGCCCACCACACAACUGCUCCCUCCAGACGAGGUGGACGUUUUCUUUAAUCACCUGGACUCGCAGGGAAACCCUUACUACCCAAACACUGCCAGGGCCAGGGUGUCCUACAGCCAAGCGCACGCUCGUCUGACGGGGACUCAGGUCUGCCGGCCUCAUCUCCUCCACAGCCCGGGGAUUUCAUGGCUGGACGGAGGGAAAGCAGCCCUGUCGGCCCACCACCACAACGCCUGGGCCGUGAGUCCGUUCAGCAAGCCCAGCCUGCACCACCCGGGCUCCGCUUCCCCCGCCGCCCUCUCCGCCGUCUACCCGUGCAGCAGCAACUCAAACGCGGCUACCGCAUCUUCUUUGACGCCGCCGUCCCAAACCAACUCCCACCUGUACACCUUCCCCCCUACACCCCCGAAAGACGUCUCCCCAGACCCGGGAGCCGUCUCCCCUUCCUCCGCCGCCGCGGUCCGGAUGGACGAGAAGGAAUCUAUCAAAUACCAAUUGUCUUUAUCGGACAGCAUGAAGAUGGAGGAGUCGAGUCCGCUCCGAAGCAGCCUGGCCUCAAUGAGCGCCCAGACCCCAUCCACGCACCAUCACAUACCGACGUACGCCUCCUACUCUCUCCCAGCGGCCCACGACUACGGCGGCAGUCUGUUCCACCCCGGCAGCCUGCUGGGCUCCUCGCCCGGCUUCACCCACAAGAGCAAGAGCAAGGCGCGCUCCUGCACCGAGGGCCGUGAGUGCGUAAACUGCGGAGCCACCUCCACGCCCCUGUGGAGACGGGACAGCACCGGACACUAUCUGUGCAACGCUUGCGGCUUGUACCACAAGAUGAACGGCCAGAACAGACCUCUCAUCAAACCCAAACGCAGGCUGUCGGCUGCCAGACGAGCGGGGACCUGCUGCGCUAACUGUCAGACGAGCACCACCACACUCUGGCGGCGCAACGCAAACGGAGACCCGGUGUGCAACGCCUGCGGCCUCUACUACAAGCUGCAUAACGUGAACCGGCCUCUUACCAUGAAAAAGGAGGGAAUACAGACUCGCAAUCGGAAAAUGUCCAACAAGUCCAAAAAGAGCAAGCGGGCCAGCGACAGCUACGAGGAGUUUUCCAAAAGUCUGCAUGACAAGAGCUCCUCCUUCACCUCUCUGGCCGGUCACAUGACCAUGGGCCACUUGCCGCCUUUCAGUCACAGUGGACACCACAUGCUCCCCACGCCCACCCCUAUUCACCCGUCAUUCGGACACCCGCACCACUCCAACAUGGUGACAGCGAUGGGCUGAGGAGACAGGAUUUUAGCAUCCUGAAACGGUUUCAUGUGAGGGGAUAAGAGUCUGAGUAAAAAACAGGACGUAAAGACCUGCUGACGUGCAACACAUGUCUUUAUUGACCAUGUGUCUUGAUUGAUUAUAGAAGUCACACAUUGUGAAAGGAAAGGCCCUUUUUCUCCUCUAUCAACAGGUACCGAAUUUGCUGGAGAAACAUUGGGCCUUCUUAUUUUUUGUUACGUUUUUUUUUUUAAAUCCAGGCACAUAAAACGUGUAUUUGCACCAUGUAGUUUUGUCCCCACUGACUGCCUGAACAUCGGCACAGCUCAACAUGUACUGAGCAGGUUCCCUAGUAACUGUGAAUAUUGUAAAUAUGUGAGACUGGAGGGUGCAUCCCAGGCAGAAAAAAAAAAUCCUUUUACCACUUAAAAAAUGCUGGCUUUUUGGCUCAUGGACGAUUUUAAAAGCAGUUUUCCACAAGAGGAAACAAUAAAGGUUUAUGAACUUUAAUGUUAACACUGUUUACUAUAAAUAUUGUUAUUGUAAUUAAUAUUGUUAUUCAGAUAAUUUAUUUUCACUAUUGUUUCCUCUUUUGUCUAUAUCAUCUGAUUUAUAAUAUGGAUACUGUUAUCACAGUUAUGAGUAUAUUUUUUAGCUGAGGCGCUUUGUCUGAACUGGUCAACCUUUAUACUCUAACAAAUAAAGAGAUUAAGUUCACUAUA